AUGCAGUCCGAUGACCUCUUCCUCCGCAAAAUGCGGGGCCCCUUGGCCCGGCCGCCCACCUCCCCCGCCCCCCCCGUGGCGGCUGGGGGGGUCCCCUCUCCGCCCCCCUCCCCGGGGGGAGCCGCCCCCCCCCGGCAGCGCAGCAGCAGCGAGGCGGCCCUGGGGAGGCCCCCGGAGGACGGGGGGGGGUCCCCGGCGGGGGUGUCCCCCCGCAGCCGCACCCAAAGCCACGAGGAGGCGGCGGGGGGGGGCAGCCCCACGUCCCCCCGCUUCCGCGACCCUCUGCUGCUGCUGGGGCUGGCGGCGGGCGAGGGGGACCCCGAUUUCUUCCCCCGCCCGCCCUGGAGCCCCCUCCUCGCCCAUUACGACGUUCAAAGCAUCCUCUUCGAUCCCACCGAGCCCCCCCCGGGCCCCCCCGGCCUCAUCUCGGGGGCUUCGGCCGCUCACCUGGAGCCCGAGGAGCCCCCCGGGUCCCCCCGCGGCGCCCCCGGCCCCGAGGCGCUGGUGCUGAGCUGCCCCCGCUUCUGCUGCGAGACGGGCGGGGAGCAGGAGCCGGGGCUGGGGUCCCCCCGGGGCCCCCCCGGGCCGGGGCAGCUCCCGAAUGCGGCCGUGGCGGUGCUGGAGGAGCCCCCGGCGGGGGCGCGGCCCCCCCACCCCAUCGAGCACAGCGAUGAGGGCGCCGAGUAUUACCGCAAGUACUUCUACGGGAAAGAGCACCACAACCUGCUGGGCGAGGACCCCCGGCUGGGGCCCGUGGCCGUGUCCCUGCGGCGGGAGGAGAAGGAGGGGGCGCGGCCGCAGGUGCUGCACAGGAUCAUCCUGCGCACCUGCCAGCUGCGGACGCUGCGGGGGUCGGUGCUGGAGGAGGCGCUGCCCCCCGGCUGCCGCCCCCCCGGGGCACGGGGGGCGCCCCCCCGGAAGCUGCUGGAGCUGCUGCUGCCCGGGCUGGCCGUGGGGGGGCUGCGCCUCGCCCCCUCCCCCGCCGUGCAGGAGACCCUCCUCAAACUGGACGAGCAGGGGGUGAGCCGGCAGCGCAAGGUGGGGGUGCUGUACUGCCGGGCGGGGCAGGGCUCCGAGGAGGAGAUGUACAACAACGAGGGGCCCGGGCCCGCCUUCGAGCAGUUCCUGGCCCUGCUGGGCACCCGCGUGAGGCUGCGCGGCUUCGGCGGCUACCGGGCACAGCUGGACACCCGCACCGACUCCACGGGCACACACUCGCUGUACACCACGUACCACGGCUACGAGGUGAUGUUCCACGUCAGCACCAUGCUGCCCUUCACCCCCCGCAACCCCCAGCAGCUGCUGCGGAAGCGCCAUAUCGGCAACGAUAUCGUGACAAUCGUGUUCCAGGAGCCGGGGGCGCGCCCCUUCUCCCCCCGCGCCCUCCGCAGCCACUUCCAGCACGUGUUCAUCGUGGUGCGCGUGCACGAGCCCUGCACCCCCAAAACCACCUACAGCGUGGCCGUGGUGCGGCCGGAGGACACCCCCCCAUUCGGGCCGGCUCUGGCGGAGGGGCAGCGGUUUUUGGGGGGCUCGGGGCUGCGCCCCUUCCUGCUGGCCAAGGCCAUCAACGGCGAGAACGCGGCGGCGCGGGGGGGGCGCCUGGGGGCCAUGGCAGCGCGCACCCGCCGCCAGUACCUGCAGGAGCUGCUGCGCGCCCACGCCGGGGGGGCCCCGCUGCCCGCGCCCCCCCGGGGGCUCCCCACGCUCGGGGGGCUCCUCCGGGGGGGCUCCGCCUCGGCGGCUUCCCCGCCCGGGGCGGUGGCGGGGGCGUUGGUUUGGGGGGCCCGCGCCGAGCGGGGGGGUCCCGGGGGGGCCGAGCUGCCGUGCCUGCUCGGGGUGGCCGCCGAGAGGCUCGUGGUGGUCGCCGCGCCGGCCGGGGCGGUCGCCAAUCGUUGCGGGGGGGCGGCUGCUGCGUGUGGGGCGAAACCCCCCCAGGAUCGAGCGCCCGAGCCCGGGGGGAUCCCCCAAAACGCCGGGGGCCACGCGGGGGAGCCCCCCGGGCAGGCGGGCACGGUCGCCACCGCGCCGGCGGAGGUGGCCACGGGCGGCGGGACGCUGUUCAGCUGCGCCUGCCGGGACGUGCUGGGCUGGGGCUUCUCCGAGGGGCGCCUGGAGAUCUUCCACGGCGCGGGCGAGUGGCUCGGGCUGCGCUUGCCCCGCGGCGCCGCCCCGCAGGUGGUGGCCAGGCUGCAGGCCGUGACCCGCGGCUGCGAGGCGCAGGAGCUGGCGCUGCCGCGGGGGGCCGGGGGUCGCCGCGGGUUCCGCGUGGACCCCUCGGGGGUCGUGACGGCCGUGACGCGCUUCUCGUUCGCCGAGACCGCGGGGCUGCGCCCGGGGGCGCGGCUGCUGCGCGUGGGGCGCUGCCCCCUGCCCCGGGGCGACCCCCGCAAGCUGCGGGCGCUGCUGCGGAGACCCUCGGGACCCCUGACCCUGCUGCCCCCCGACCGCGACGGGCGGCCCCGGCGGAGUUUCUCGGAGCUCUACGCCCGCUCGCUGGAGCAGGGCCGGGGCUCGGGGGGGGACCCCGGCCCUGGGGACCCCCGCGGGGACAUCGGGGACACCAGCAGCGACUCGGGGGGGGACAGCGACGGGGGGGGCCCGGGGGGGCAGCCCCCCGAACUCCUGCAGGCGCUGCAUGAGGAGAGCACCCCCUGCCCCCCCGGCCCCCCCAGCCCGAGGAGCCCCAAAAAACCCAGCGGGGGCGACCCCAGCCCGUCCCCCCUGGCUGCCCCCACUCCGGACCUGCUGCUGCCACACCACGGCCCCCCCCCGGCCGGCGACCCGGGUCCCCCCCCGGAUCCCGCUGCUCCUGAGGCCCCCCCCGAGCCCGGCCCCGCCUUGGGCCCCUCCCUGCGACAUUCCCUGGGCAGGCUGCUGUCGGGGUCUGGGGACCCCCAGGAGGACGAGUGGGACAUCAUCGCCUGCCUGGCCACGGCCUGCAGCGGGGUCCUGGAGGCCAUCGCCCGGGGGGGGCAGCAGCUCCGGGAGCUCCCCCAGCCCAGCCCGAGCCCGGCAGCGCCCGAGGAUGAGUCCCAGAGGCUCUCGGAGAAGGUGGCGCAGCUCGAGGCGGCGCUGAAGCGGCUGCAGGACGAUCUGCAGGAGGGCCACGCGGCGCAGCAGCGGCUCCGGGCCGAGCUGCGGCGGCUCCGGCAGGGCCAGGACGACGCCAACGAGCGGCUGAGCCGGGUCACGAGGCUGCUGCGACCCCCGGGGACCCCCGAGAGCCCCUGACCCCCCCCGGGACCCCCUGACCCCCCCGGGACCCCUGACCCCCCCCGAGAGCCCCUGACCCCCCCCGGGAC